ACGAAUUAAAAAUGGGUGAUGUUGAGAAAGGCAAGAAGAUUUUUGUUCAGAAGUGUGCCCAGUGCCACACCGUGGAAAAGGGAGGCAAGCACAAGACUGGGCCAAAUCUCCAUGGACUGUUUGGGCGGAAGACAGGUCAGGCUGCUGGAUUCUCUUAUACGGAUGCCAACAAGAACAAAGGCAUCACCUGGGGAGAGGAUACACUGCUGGAGUAUUUGGAGAAUCCCAAAAAGUACAUCCCUGGAACAAAAAUGAUCUUCGCUGGCAUUAAGAAGAAGGGAGAAAGGGCAGACCUAAUAGCCUACCUCAAAAAAGCCACUAAUGAGUAA